AUGGCAUCCGAUUUUCGGAGCUGCCAGUCAGGAAACCCACCGCGUCCUGCGCAUCCCCCUGUCCCCGCGCCCCAGCCUCGAGGUGGAUCGUGCCUUAGAGAUGCAAACUCAUCCCAUGCCCGUCCCGCCCCGACCCCAUCGCUCUGCCCCCGCGGCAGCACCCCCGUCCCACCGUCUGCUGCAUUUUGGGCUGCUCUUGGCUGCUGGCUGGUUUUUUGCACAGAGGGAAGUUGGGCAGAUGCAGCUCACUGCUCCCUAAAUCCUGGCACUGUUUUCUUAUCGGUGCUGUGGGAAAGGCUGUACCCAACUCGGGGGGGUGCAGGAGGGUUGGGGAGCAGGGUCCUCAGCAGCAAUUCGGCUCCAUGGGCUCGUGGUUCUUUCCUCCAGGGGUUGGAACUCAGCAGCGCGUGCCCAAAUAUCAGCAGCGCAGGCAGGGUUUGUCUUCUGCCCUCAUCUCCAACUCUUUUUGGCCAAGAGGAGCCGCUGCCCCCUGCCUACCCCUGCCACACAGCUUCUCGCCAUCUGGAUGGGGUCCCCACAACAUUCCCUCCCCCCUCUUCUCCCACCCUUCAUCCCACAGCUUCACCCCCGCAGCCCCACGCUGCCCACCCAGGGGCUGGGUUAUUUUUGGCUUCCCCUAACCAAAAAAACGCGGUGAAAAACCAUCCCUACCUUGGGCACCACUGGGAAAUAGCCCGCUGUUUUGGCACCGAGUGCCCCAAACGGGCUGACCCCAAACCUGGGGACGUGUCGGGAUGUGCCGUCAGGUGCUGGCCACGACAUUUGUGUUUCCAAGACUGCAACCGUGGGCACCAUCCCAUUGCUGGUCCCUUUGCCCCUGGGGGGGAUGGUUUUUGCCACCCGCUUUUUGCCCCACAGCAUCUGAGGGGGGUGGGUGGGCAGGGCGACAGGGGGGGCGGAGAGAUUUUGUGUGCGCACUACUUAUUUAUUUUUUUAAGAAAAAAUGCUUUUAAGUGGUUUUAGGUUCUUUUGAAUAAAUAAUAACUGUGUAAAAAGGUGCACAUCUUGCUGCUGUAGGAUUCUCAGAGGGUUAAUUUCUUUAUAAAUAUAUAUAUAUAUAUCUCACAGUAAAUAUUUGUACAAAAAUGAAAGAGAAAUAGAGAUGUCUUUAAGUAAAUUAUUGCUUUUAAAGAAACUUAUAUGAUUGUACAGUGUUACCUGGGAGAAUAGAAUAAUAUAUACAGAUGUAUUUUUAAACUAUCGCAUAGGGGGCCAUGGGGGGAGGCUGGGAAGAGCCCGGAGAGGCCAAUUUGGGACCCUCCCCAGCUCCCGUUCACGUGCCCCCUCCCCAAACCCCGCUAGUGAGGCUCUAGCUCUGGCGAGUCGUCGUAUCUGCACUGUAUAGUCCUCGUCCCGGCCAUGGGCGUGCUGGCACAUGGUGUAUAAAUAUUAUUUUUUGCCUACCCGCGAGUGCUCGGAGCUCUUGGGCAGUUUUGCUGCGUGGUGAAGGCUGCCCGGGAGGCUUCCUUCUGGCGGCUCCUUGGUGGUUUUAUCACACGCAGCGUCAAAGAGAAUGAGGG